AAGGAGCUGCCGCUAAGCAAGGCAGCGAUGAGCGGUUCUUUGUGCUGGCUGCGCGCGGCCUCGCUGCUGCGGGGGGCCCCGCUGCGAUGGGGCGCGCGGCCCCUCAGUCAGGCCGCGGCCGGCGACGGCUCGUCCCCUGGCGGCGGUGAGGGUGGCCGAGGGUCGCGGGAGUCGGUAGAGCGGCUGGUGCGGGCGCACCCCGUGGUCGUGUUCAUGAAGGGCAACCCGGGCCAGCCCCUGUGCGGCUUCAGCAACGCCGUGGUGCAGAUCCUGCGCCUGCACGGGGUGCAGGACUUCCAGGCUUACGACGUACUGCAGGACCCCGACCUCCGGCAAGGAAUUAAAAACUACUCCAACUGGCCUACCAUCCCUCAAGUAUACCUUAACGGUGAAUUUGUUGGUGGCUGUGACAUACUCCUCCAGAUGCAUCAGAACGGAGACCUAGUGGAAGAGCUUAAGAAGUUAGGAAUCCGCUCUGCACUUUUGGAUGCAGAAAAAGACCAAGACAAAAAAUAAAACAAGCAAGAUAUUUCAUUUAAAAAGAUGGGACUAUAAUAAACAAAACCUUUGACAGUAACUUAUUACCAGAAAAACCUUACAUGUUAUCUCAAAGGAGGCAUCUUUUUGAACUGACACUAAUGUUUGUUUAUCGGUAAACAAAUGGUAGCUCAUGGUACAGGUUAUUUGGUAUUUUGGUUUAAGGAUAUUCUGUUGUGAAAAUUUGAUUAUAACCAUUGCACUGUAAUUCAAUGUCUGUGGAACUGAAGUAAACAAGCAGCCUACUUCUACUUGUGUCAAUUCUUCUUGCCUGAGGCAGGAGUAAAAGAAAGAUUGUAGAAUAUUAUUUUUAUGGCUCAUCUGUAUAUAUCACUUGGCUAAUGCUUUGAUAUAUAAACCUAUGUAGACAGUAUUCGUAGCUUUUCUGGUUCUCUUGAAAACACUAUCAAAUAACUGCUGUCAUUCUGUAUGAACACUUGAAGAUAGGACUUCUUGGGAACCUGUAAACUUGUGUAUUGGUUACCUGCAAAUCUGUUUCUAACAAACUGGAGGGAAACAGUCACAUGAGUGAUCUAUGAAAUACACCUUUAUUUCUACAGCUAUAAAUAAAUACAUUAGUAAAAACAAAUGAUACGUUGGUCAUUAUUGCUUUGUUUUCCAGAUUGUAGGUUGUAACUACUGAUGGCUUUUGGGAGACUACUGGGAGUUGUGAUUAAAAGGUUUUAAAGUAAUUUAUAUUGUACCUCUGCCAAAAAUGGCCUCGGUUUUUAUACUUUGUGAAAUUUAAGUCGCUGUUAUCAGUGGUCAGAUGUGGAAGUUCUAUAAUUCUUCCUUAUAGAGAGCGGAAUAACUUGAAAACCCUGAAUAUAAUCAUAUACUACUUGUCAGCAGCUACAUUCUUAAGCUUUACGCUGACAAAUAUUCAGGAGGGGAUCUACUGAGCAGAUGGCAGAAUUGUUUGCUGGAUUGUCUGUUUUCUGUAAAGUGUCAAACACCGGUGUUUCUGCAAAUAAAAAAGUCAUACAGUAUAUCUGAAAAAAAAAUAGCAAAUUAAAGUUAGUAGUCCCUCAAGAACUACUGCUAUGUAGUUUUAUGGGUAAAAGCAGCAUUUACCCAUGGAUUGAGCAAAUGAUCUGAAAAAUAAUUAUCCUGUGAUUGUAUGAUUGUCUACAUUAUUUUGAUUUAUCAUAAAGUUUCUAAUGAAUUUGA